AUGGUGAGGGUAGGUGGCACCCAGCUGGUGAGGGUAGGUGGCACCCAGCUGGUGAGGGUAGGUGGCACCCAGCUGGUGAGGGUAGGUGGCACCCAGGUAGGUGGCACCCAGGCAGGUGGCACCCAGGUAGGUGGCACCAAGGCAGGUGGCACCCAGGCAGGUGGCACCCAGGCAGGUGGCACCCAGGCAGGUGGCACGCAGGCAGGUGGCACCCAGGCAGGUGGCACCCAGGCAGGUGGCACGCAGGCAGGUGGCACCCAGGCAGGUGGCACCCAGGUAGGUGACACCCAGGCAGGUGGCACCCAGGCAGGUGGCACCCAGGCAGGUGGCACCCAGGCAGGUGGCACGCAGGCAGGUGGCACCCAGGUAGGUGGCACCCAGGCAGGUGGCACCCAGGCAGGUGGCACCCAGGUAGGUGGCACCCAGGCAGGUGGCACCCAGGCAGGUGGCACCCAGGCAGGUGGCACCCAGGCAGGUGGCACCCAGGCAGGUGGCACCCAGGCAGGUGGCACGCAGGCAGGUGGCACCCAGGUAGGUGGCACCCAGGCAGGUGGCACCCAGGCAGGUGGCACCCAGGCAGGUGGCACCCAGGUAGGUGGCACCCAGGCAGGUGGCACCCAGGCAGGUGGCACCCAGACACCUGAUGCCUCAGGUGUCAGGCAGCUGAUGCCUGGACUCAGGGUGCUGAAGCAGCUGGAGACUCCGCUACAACUUCGUCAGCGUCUCCUGAGAGAAGCCAGGUGCCCCGGGGCGGUGAGGUCUCCCGCCCAGCAGGAAGGGAGACCACCAGAGACGCCCGGAGACGGGUGA